CAUCAAGGAGUUUGCUUUGGUGUUGUAGCCGGAUUUCGUCGAGUACACUCCCGAGGGAAGUGGUUGCCACACAUAGGAGUCCUCUACUCCCAUCAUACUUGGAUUAAGACAUUGAAUUUGAUGCUUGAAAUCCGGUUUUCCUUCAGCAGCUCGCUACCGUGGAGGAUACUGCGCCAUCCAUGCGAGCAAUCUGCAGUUGUUGGGUGCCAGAAACUGAAAGACACUGAAUGGUUCUCGAGGCAAGAUCCAUACGUUGUGCUCGAGUAUAGCAGCACAAGGAACCGUACCAGAACCUGCACAGAUGGUGGAAAGAGCGCUGUGUUCCAAGAGAAGUUUAUGUUCACUAUGCUUGAAGGCCUUAGGGAUCUUAAGGUAGCUGUCUGGAAUAGCAAUUCACUCUCCCCUGAUGACUUCAUAGGGAAUGCCACGAUCAAAUUGGAAAAGGCUCUUUCUCAAGGAUACGACGACUGUACCUGGACUCUUCAAAGUAGAAAUGGGAGAUAUGCGGGAGAAGUAAGACUCAUACUACAUUAUGCAGCGGCAAAGAAACAAAAUUACGGUUCACUACCAUAUGCGCCUCAAGUUCCAUAUUCAUCAGCACCAUACUCUGGACCAUCUCUGUACCCACAAGUACAAUACUCUCAGCCUCAAUCAGCUUACCCACCAGCUUCAGGUUAUCCUCCUCAGCCUUCUGCCUAUCCUCCUCCCUCUGCCUCGGCUUACCCUCCUGGUCCUUCAGGUUAUCCUCCUCCACCACCAUCCUCAACUUACCCUCCCCAACAAUCACCAUAUUACCCACAAGGUUCCUAUCCAGGACAAUACCCACCUCGUCCGUACUAAAGCUCCGGCGUUUAGAGUCGACGAAAAGUGUUCAUGAUGUAUAGAUGAUUCUAGUGAUGCUUUUUGUACUUUCUAGAGACUUGAAUUUAAAUUCUUUUUAUUUUUUUUCAUUCUUAUAUCUUCCUUGUGAUGUUUCUGUUGAUCUUUGCAAAUUGUAGCGUAUCUGUUAGUUUUUGCUAUGGUCAGUGAAACUCAUUGAGAAGUUUUGAAUCAUUUCCUAUUAUUAUUAA